AAAAUGGCCGAAGUUGAUUUCGGGGAUAGUGAGCUCUUUCAGCAGCUCGAUGAGUCCGCACCGUCCGUGCCGACACACAUUCGCUUCCCAGAUGAAGAGGAAGACCAGGAGGAGACGAGCCAGCUGCGGGGCAGGCUGGAGGAGUGUGAUGACUACAUUCAGAGACUCACUGAGGAAAAUAAAGGUUUAAGAAGGAAACUGAAUAUCCUGGCACGGCCAAGCGGCAUCACAAUUGAAGAUGUCAACAUCGAUGGACCACUUCUUCAAAUCCUGUAUGCAAACAACAAUAUUUCAAAGCAGUGUCGUCAAGAAAUUGAAGAUUGCAUCUGCAGUGUGAUUUUGAAGCACCAGAAAUUGGGCCAUGGAAAGAAAAAGUCUUCUUUUCACCAUAAACCUCAGAAUUCAGCUUUUGCUAUGGAUGAAGAUCUGCUGAAGUCGUCUUCCACUAGUGUAAGAACAAAAACAGAAGCCUUUAAAGUGGUUGGAAGUGUCUUAUAUUUCACUACUUUCAGUGUUGAUAAACUUGGACAGCCUCUGGUCAAUGAAAGCCCCCAGCUGACAGAUGGAUGGGACAUUCCAACCUAUCACCAGGUGUUCAACCAAGUUGUCGGAACAGAUGGUCAGGAAAUCGAAAUGAAAGACAAAAGACCCAAAUCCAUGUGUUUCAACUGUGGUUCCAGCAGUCAUCAGCUGAGAGAUUGUCCCAAUCCUAAAGACAUGGCUGCAAUUAAUGAAAGAAGAAAGGAGUUCAACCAAAACAACAACCAGGCGAUGCAGAGUAAUCAACGAUACCAUGCUGAUGAAGUGGAGGAGCGGUUUGCGAAAUACAAGCCGGGAGUCAUGAGUGAGGAGCUGUUGACAGCACUGGGCAUUGAUGGCAACACCCUCCCUCCUCUGAUUUAUCGCAUGAGGCAGCUAGGCUACCCACCAGGUUGGCUCAAAGAGGCAGAGAUGGAAAACUCUGGCUUAAUGCUGUAUGAUGGAAAUGCUUCAAAUAAUGGCAAUAUAACAGACAAUAGCAACUCGCAAAACAUCUCUUAUGAUGUUUCCAAACUGGUAGAUUUCCCAGGCUUCAAUGUACCUGCACCGGACAAAAUGAAAGAUGAGUUCAUUCAGUAUGGUUCGACUCCAAUGCAGAACAACCACAUGAAGCAAAACUAUGCUGCUUACCUGUCUAACAACUUUCCCAUGCCUGGUGCUACCUGCAACAAGAGACGCCAUGAAUCUGACUCAUCGCCACAGAUAAGGAAGAAGAAUAGGUCCAGUCCUGAUCGGACCUCAGACAGGAGCUCGGAUAUGGAUAUUGAAUCAGACCCAGGAACACCUUAUCAGUCGCAUGGCCCAGGUGACUUCCAGUUCCAACCACCGCUGCCCCCUGGCUCUCCUUGCUUCAGUUCACCUCCUCCUUUACCCCAGGGCACUCCUCCUGCGACACCCACUCCUCCACCUCUCCCUAAAGGUACACCUCCUCCCACACCCACCAACGGCUCUCCAGCUCUGCGAGGGCGGAAUUGGGGAGUAGUUGAUGAGACUGUGGAGGGAACAGAGGAUGACCUGACUCUGGAGGAACUGGAAGAGCAACAGAGGCUGAUUUGGGCAGCUCUAGAAAAUGCUGACACUGCCACAAAUAGUGACUGUGAGACACCUGCAAUGGGAACACCUGUACCCAGUUCACCAAGUGUGUCCACGCCUGCACAUAACGACACAGAAACAGAAGAGGCUGAAGAAGCAAUGGACACAAUGACACCUGGAGAAACUUGCCCUAGCAGUGAAAAUCAAAUGGAAUCAAAAGUUCAAGAGAUUUGCUCUCAGAGCCCUGGGCUGAUCAAAGUUGAGGAAGACAGCCCUCAGAGCCCCGAACCAGUCAAAGCCCACGGCAACAGCCCUCAGAGUCCUGGUCCAGUCAGAUCCCAUGAUGACAGCCCCCGGAGUCCUGGUCCAGUCAAAUCCCACGAUGACAGCCCUCAGAGUCCUGGUCCAGUCAGAUCCCAUGAUGACAGCCCCCGGAGUCCUGGUCCAGUCAAAUCCCACGAUGACAGCCCUCAGAGUCCUGGUCCAGUCAAAUCCCACGAUGAAAGCCCACAGAGUCCUGGUCCAGUCAAAUCCCACGAUGAAAGCCCACAGAGUCCUGGUCCAGUCAAAUCCCACAAUGAAAGCCCACAGAGUCCUGGUCCAGUCAAAUCCCACGAUGAAAGCCCACAGAGUCCUGGUCCAGUCAAAUCCCACGAUGAAAGCCCUCAGAGUCCUGAUCCAGUCAAAUCCCAGGAAGACAACCCACAGAGCCCUGAUCUAGAUUUCUCUAACAGGGGCGCUGGAGAUUGUGCUUCUCCUAAGCAUGUUGAGAAGAUAACAGCUGUUCCUCAUCGGAGCAGGUUUGCAGCUGGCAUUGUUCCAUUUGAAGAUACACCAGAAUUCACUGAAGUUGCUGAAGCCACCGGUACAUACCUUAGGAUCAGAGACUUACUUAAAAGCUCCCCUCGAAGUUUGGCAAAGAAAAAAUAAAGAUUUACUGUCUUUAUUUGCAAAAUACAAGGAUACAUGGACAUUUUUAAAGCAAAAACCUAUAUUUUUAUUUUCAACUCCAUCCUAUCAAACAUGUUUUUUUUAGCUGUUUGUUAUUUUGUACAAAGUUGAAUGUGUAUGCUGUAUAUACAUUUGAUCUGUAAACAUAAAAUGAGGGGAUGAUGUAACAGCAAUGACUCGUACGUUUUGACUAAUUAGUCUCAGAUUUUUGUAGUAGUGAUACUUGGGCAGUUGAUUUUAUGGUAAAAUUAGUUAAAUGGCCAUUUCUUGAUUAAUUUUCAUAACAUGUUUAAAUGGCUUUUUCUAUUUUUGUCCCACUUAAAUUGCUCUAAAAUCAAAUAAACCUGCUUGCUUCAGUGCUUUAUUUUGUCUGCUGUUCAAACCUAGAUGUGGGUUUGAUUUUAUUUUGCUGUAAUUGGUGUCAGUAAACAAGUUGAACCUCUGUUGCUGUAAUCAGCUUACUUUCUGAUGAUAAACUUUGCAAAUGAAAUUUUGUAUACCUGAAACUCUGCCCUACUACAUCUUAAUUUUGUUCUUAUGACAUUACAGAGUUUGGUCUACAUAUUUUUCUUUAUUGUUCCAUUCAUCAAAUAGAUUCCUAUCAGAUCUGACAUUAACUUCAUUCCCCCCUUUCAGACUAAUCUCCCUGUAGAAAAUAUAGAUUUAAAACAACUUUAAAGUGAAUAUCAAUCAUGUUUUGUUUUUUUUAUCACUGUUCAGUCCAUCUUCCAAAUUAUUAGUACAUAUAGUGCACACCAACUCCCUCAUGCAUAGAGAAUACUUGCACUUAGAUUUGAUGACUUGCGCAUACUGAAUACUCAAACACACCUACAUACAUAUUUAUGCAAAUAUACAUGCACACAAGCACAUAUGUGUGGGUGUGCCGAACCUCUGAGAGUAUCAAGAGACUGAAUAUUUAACAUCUUGCAAAGUCAUGUCAAAAUGAUUGAAAAUGAUGUCUUCAUUUGUGCCUUUUUAAAUAAAGGUAUUUGCCUUGCA